GAAGCAAAAUUCAAACUCUUCUUCUCUAUCCGAUUAUUAUUCUUUUGAACCGGUAAGCACAAGUCGUAGGAGUAGAAAAUACAAACCACCGCCACAACAAAACUACUACAGUAUUUAAUUAAUUCCAACCAACACUAAUCCCUACCUAACUACACUUGCAAAAGUGCAAAACAAAUCGAGAAACUGCUAACUAAUUGGGAAAAAUACAAGGGAUCUGGAUUGCCGCAUUAACUGCAUCAAAUUUUUGUCCAAAUACAAGCCAUGUCAGAAUCUAAAUAGCUACACCAGAUAAUAUAUCAAGCCUACAGGUUGACACAAAACAGAGUAAAACCAACCAACCAAACCACAACAGAAUAGAAUACCAUCCAAAAUAUUAUGAAUAAUUUGCUCUCGCCAUCAACCCUGCCAUUUACCAUAUGCGCCACGUUGUUGUUUCUCUUCAUUCUUUAUUGGCUACGCAGAAGCAACAACAGUAGUAAUACUGGUGUAGCUUCAAAGACACUCCCACCACCACCGGAAGUCGGCGGUGCUUUGCCUUUAAUCGGCCACCUCCACCUUUUAAGCGGUUCCCAAUCACCUCACGUCGUCUUGGGGAAGUUAGCUGACAAAUAUGGACCAAUCUUUACCUUCCGUUUGGGUGUUCAUCGAACUUUGGUUAUAAGUAAUUACGAAAUGGCAAAACAGUGUUUCACCAUAAACGACAAAGCAUUUGCUUCACGUCCUAAAUCCGUAGCCUUUGAAAUUCUAGGCUAUAACUUUUCCAUGUUUGGUUUUAGUCCCUACGGUUCUUAUUGGCGCACCAUGAGAAAGAUCGCCACCGUCCACGUCCUCUCCACUCAACGAAUAGAGAUAAUGCUCAAACACGUGAUGGAGUCUGAGGUGGAAACAACAAUGAAAGGUAGUUACGAUUUUUGGCAGAAGAUGAAGAACGUGGGUAAUCCUGAAAAGACAAUUACUGAAAUGAAAAAAUGGUUCGGGGAUAUAGCUAUAAAUGUUAUGUUUAGAACGGUUUUAGGAAAACGUUUUGACGGUGAUGAUGAAGAGAAUCAACGGAUUAGAAAAGCACUUAGGGACUUGUUCGAUCUCACCGGUUCAUUUGUUAUAUGUGACACGUUGCCGUAUUUGAGAUGGUUGGAUUUGGAUGGAAAAGAGAAAGAGAUGAAGAAAACGGCCAAAGAGUUGGAUGAAUUUGUUAGUGUUUUGCUCGAUCAACACAAACGUAAUAGGAACUCUGGCGGUGAACUUGACUUCAUGGAUAUACUCAUUUCCACCGUUGAUGAUCAUGAUUUGGACGGUCGUGAUUCCGACACCGCAAUCAAAGCCACUUGUCUAGCACUUAUUCUAGCAGGCACAGAUACUACAGCAGGAACAUUGACUUGGGCUCUCUCUUUACUUCUCAACAAUCGUGAAGUCCUAAACAAGGCCAUUCAAGAAUUAGAUACACGAAUUGGUAUGGAAAAUAUGGCAAUAAAAACAGAUUUGACAAAAUUGAAGUAUAUUGAAGCCAUUAUCAAGGAAACAUUGCGUUUGUACCCAGCCGCACCACUCAAUAUUCCUCAUGAGUCCAUUGAAGAUUGUACUGUUGGUGGAUACCAUGUGCCUUCCGGGACGCGUCUUUUAACCAAUGUUUCGAAACUUCAACGAGAUCCAAUAUUAUAUAUAGAUCCGUUGGAGUUUCGACCAGAGAGAUUUCUCACAACUCACAAGGAUGUUGAUGUCAAAGGUCAACAUUUUGAAUUGAUUCCAUUUGGUUCGGGUAGAAGAAUGUGCCCAGGAGUCUCAUUUGGUCUUCAACUUAUGCAAAUAACACUCGCUACUUUGUUGCAUGGGUUUGAUAUAGUGACUCUAAAUGAAGGACCAGUUGAUAUGGCUGAACAGAACGGCCUCACUACUAUCAAAGCCUCUCCACUUGAAGUCAUUCUCACUCCACGUUUGUCUACCCAAGUUUUUAGUCAAAAUCUAUGAUCAUGGCUAUUGUGAUUCUACUAAAUUUACCAUAAAUAAGAUCGUUUAUUUUGCACCAAAAGGACAUUUGGCUUUAUUCUGGUAUCCAGCUCGCUGUCAUUAUGUUAAAUUGUCAAAUAAUUGGGGAGUGAUCUCUUUAUUAAUUUUGAAAAUAUUAAUAUAAAAUUUAAAAA